UUUUUGCCCGAAUGAUCGCGUGCAGUAGUUUGUCUCCGGUGAGCGCGCGAUGCGGAACACUUCUGUUUCAGAGGCUGAAAACUGAUCCUGAUCCCGGAGAGCGGACGGCGCGAGCGCGAGCGCGUGCACUUACCGGCAAUACUCAUUACGGGCGCGCGCGCUGGAGCCGGAACCAUGCGCAUUCAGUUAGAAGUUCAUCUACAGAUCCUCCUGGCUGUUGGUCUGGCCGUCUUCUGCUUCGUCCUCGUGCUGGGCUGCAUCGUUUGUUGGCGUCGGAGGAAAUCCCGCUCUUCUGACACCAAAGAGGAGGGGUUUUAUCUGCAAUCUGCCCCUGCGGAUCAUGUGUCUGUGACUCUCAGCUCGUCCCCAUCCAUCAAAAUUCUUCCAGUCAAGCAGCAGUAUGAAGAGCUGGAUGGUGACGUACUGGACUAUCCAUCAGAAGGCAGCAGCUUUACGCCAUCUGAUGACAACCAGAGCAGUUUUCCACAGAUCUCAACAAGUUUAAAAGUCCCUCAGAAGUCUCGGUUUGCCCUACGCCGCCUGAGCACCCCCUCUGUCCCCUGUUCUCCAUUUAAACCGACCGUCCAUGGCCGAGCCUCUCUCCCGAGUAUCCCUAAACUUAGCCUGGUGUCUAAAUCACGCCGUGCUCUGGAUCGACGCUCAACGGUGAUUGGAGACAGCUUCCUGACAGGUUCUUUCCCUGAGCAUUCGCCACCCAGCCAGCAGGGGGAGCUCUCUCUGUCUCAGUACAGCUCCAGCCUGAGCUCCAGACGCAGCUCCUACCCAAACAAGCAGCCUCCUGCACUUCAGUUCUCCUUGCUGUUCCGUCCAGCAGAUGGCACUCUCACUGUCACAAUCCUCAGUGUGGUCAGGGGCUCCAGGAGGCUCAGUAGUGCAAUGGUGCGUACCAGCCUGCCCCCGCUGUGCCCCGCUGCCCUACAGGCAAUGCCGUCACGCAGAAACAGCCUGAGCCUGGAGCCUCAGACUCAGGUGUUCACUCUGAAGGUCGGAUCUGUAGAUGAGCUUCGUUCCUGCACUCUCAAACUGGCCGUGUUUGGGAAAGAUUUCUCAGGUCUCCGUGAGACACCGCUGGGUGAUCUAGAGCUCAACUGUAGCGAGAUGGACUGGGAGCCCGAUACCACCAUCACAUACAACCGCCAACUCAAUCCUGCAAGGAGGAGAGUAAAAAAGAGCCACAGCACCCAGGAGCCUUUGGGGACGUUGAGGACGUCGGUGUGCAUUUCAAAGCCUUUGGGUCAACUUUUUGUCCUGCUUCAGUACCAGACUCAGGCCCAUCGGAUCAAAGUGAUGGUGCGCAAAGCCGAGAACCUGGCCAAGCUAACACGAAUGCCUGGAGCUGCAGAUCAUUACGUUGUCAUCAACCUGCGUCAGGGCGGGAAAGUGAUCAGCACUAAAGAGACGAAGGGAGCGAGCGGACCUAACGCCGUCUGGAACGCACCUUUCCUGUUCGAUUUACCACCUGGAGACGUCAUCAGACUGCCGCUAGUCCUGGAGUUCAUCGUUAUGCAGGGACGGCUGUACACGAAAAGCAGCGUGCUCGGCCGCGUCCUGAUUGGCUCUGAGGGUCCGGAGUCGGGGCAACAGCACUGGAAGGAGAUGUGUAGCCGAGGGCAGGUGGAAACGGCGCGCUGGCACACGCUCCUGUCCGAUACGCCAUGAGGACACGUCUCCUAUACAGUGGGAUUUUCUCACUCAUCUCCAGCAGCAGCAGCAUUUUACUGGGACACUGACAAAUUGUGUAUUUAUUUAUUAUGGUGUAAUUUCUCAGUAUUUAUUAAUGCAAAAUGCCAAUGAUUUUAUUUUUAUUUUUUGCUAUGGAGCUCCAGAGUAACUGUUCAGUGUGAUUAGUUUUGAUUGGUGCAGAGAGAGUGUUUGUGGUUAUUUAUGUGAAUAAUGUUUAGUUUCAUUACAGACCACAUGGAUGCGUUGAUAUGGCACAUUGUGCUGUUUUGUUCUUCUUCUAAACCACACACACACACACACACACACACAUAUAUAUAUAUAUAUUCAAGUAUAUAUAUAUUCAUAUAUGCUCUGCUGUUCAAGCGGAGAGCACUGUUGCUAGGCAACAUGGAAACAUGGCUGUUUGCCUGUGACUGAGGCUACACAGUUAACUAGCUAGCUUGUAUCCCUCAAGUCUGUCUAUACAGACAAUGUAAAAGCACAGUGACUUUAUAAAUAUGACCAAAUGAUUAAAAAUAACAGACAGUUUGUCUCAUAUAACAAUAACAGAGUAAAGGGUUAAAGUUACUACAAUUACAUUACAAAUUCCACUCACUGCUACAUCCAUGAUGAGAAACAACCAAUAAACUAAGAGCUAUGAGAAAAUGUGUGAGGAAUAACACACGAGCUUCAGUUACUGUCUUCAUUUAUUUUACCACCAAUUGACAAACACCUCAGUCAAGCGACACAAUCUUGUGCUAUAACACUUUCCAGAUGUGCGUUCAGUACUUUACGAGGUCAGCUGACGUUGUAGCUCACUUUACUCCUGUUAUUGAACAAACAGCCAGUGCAUCUUUUUUCUGGUUAUCCAUAAGCAUCAUAAAAGCGUAUAUAUAAACACUCAACACAAUCACGACUCCUCAUCUCUGUAGAUUUGUACGAUUUAAAGUGAAAUAAAGAGUAUGUAUAAAAACGUGAUCAUGUGAGUUCAGUGGAUUUUUUGCUUCACCUGUGAGAAUAAACAGACAUAAAGACGUCGGUGUGUUUAAUAGGUUCAUGGCACAGUGUUUUUAAUUCUUGAAUCUGAUUGGUCAAAAGGGAACAACAGCUUAUAGUCUUAUGUCUGAU